CCGUCCGCGGCGCCUCCCCGCGGGAGCGGGCGGGGCUCCUCUCCUUUGCGCCAUGAUGAACAAAUGACCUCGCGGGGAAUGAAAUUUAAGUUCCACCGGGGAGAGAGAGUUCUCUGCUUCGAGCCCGACCCCACCAAAGCCAAAGUGCUCUAUGAUGCCAAGAUUGUUGAUAUUGUUGUUGGAAAAGAUGACAAAGGCAGAAAGAUUCCAGAAUAUCUGAUCCAUUUUAACGGUUGGAACAGAAGCUGGGAUAGAUGGGCAGCUGAAGAUCAUGUUCUUCGAGAUACAGACGAAAACCGCAGAUUACAGCGUAAAUUGGCACGGAAGGCUGUGGCUCGCAUGAGAAGAAAGGGAAGAAAGAAGAGACGCUGCAGGUUGCCUGGUGUUGACUCUGUAUUAAAAAGCCUUCCUGCUGAAGAAAAUGAUGAGAGUAGCGAAAACUCUAUAAGUAGUUCUUCUUCUGAUGACAGUGAUGAAGGAACAGAUGAAGAAAUAAAAAGUGAAGAAAGUGACAUAGAUGAGAGGACAGAAAUGAAAGAAGAACAAGACACUCAUACAAAAAGGGACAUGGAAGAAAGAGCAAUAAGCAUAGAAAUUCCUGAAGUCUUGAAAAAGAAGCUUGAGGAAGACUGCUACUAUAUUAAUAGAAGAAAAAGGCUAGUGAAGCUUCCUUGCCAGACAAAUAUAAUAACCAUCUUGGAGUCAUAUGUAAAACACUUUGCAAUUAAUGCUGCCUUUUCAGCCAAUGAAAGGUCUCGGCACCAUCAGAUGACUCCACAUGCUAAUAUGAAUCUUCAUUAUGUGCCACCAGAGAAGAAUGUCGAGCUAUGUAAAGAGAUGGUGGAUGGGCUGAGAAUAACCUUUGACUUCACACUUCCCUUAAUUUUGCUCUAUCCUUAUGAACAAGCUCAAUUUAAGAAGGUGACUUCAUCAAAAUUCUUUCUUCCUAUCAAGGAAAACUCAACAAAUACUAACAGAAAUCAGGAGGAGCUUUCCCCGAGCCCUCCUCUGCUGAAUCCACCCACACCUCAGUCGACUGACAGCCAGCCCACCACAGGGGAGCCGGCCACGCCGAAGAGGCGAAAAGCUGAGCCCGAAAUCCUGCAGUCGCUGAGGCGCUCAACGCGCCACAGCUCCAACUGCGACAGGUUAUCUGAGAGCAGCGCGUCCCCACAGCCCAAACGGCGGCACCUCGAGACCCCAGCUUCUAUGCCAAAGCUCUUCUUACACCUGGAAAAAAAAACCCCUGUCCAUAGUGGGUCGUCUUCACCUAUAACUUUGACUCCUAGCAAGGAAGGGAGCACGGUGUUUACUGGCUUUGAAGGUAGAAGAAACAACGAAUUGAAUGAGGUUUUGUCCUGGAAAUUGAUGCCAGAGAAUUAUCCACCAAGUGAUCAACCACCACCUCCCUCAUAUAUCUAUGGAUCUCAACAUUUGCUGAGGAUGUUUGUAAAACUACCAGAAAUACUGGGGAAGAUGUGCUUUCCUGACAAAAACCUAAAGGCUUUAGUAAAACACUUCGAGAUGUUUCUGAGGUUUUUAGCAGAAUACCAUGAUGAUUUCUUCCCAGAAUCUGCUUAUGUAGCUGCAUGUGAAGCCUACUACAGUACUAAAAAUCCUCGGGCCAUCUACUGAAGCUAUUCAUAAGGAUUAAAUCCUACUAUACAUAGCCCAUGACAAUGCUAUCCUGCUACAUGGCUACAAGAUGAGAAAGGAAUUAAAACAACUUCUGGAGUUGAAGACAUUGGAAAAUAUCUUUACGAUGGUUGGAUUACCUAGGAAUGGAGAACUACUUUUCAGAGAUUUGUAUAGACAGUGGUGCGAGUUAUUUAGAGGGUUGGAUAUAAAUCUGACUCCAGAUGAAUGAAGAAGCCUUUUUCUGACUUUACUGCACAGGACUACACAGAGUAAUAAAAAGCAAAGGAGGCAAAAGCAGAUGCAUUGGCAACAGGACAUUCUCAUGAGGAUAAAUCACCAUGCUGUGUUUCAUUGUAGCUCAGCCUCUCCUGCCUGAGAAAUAAUUCUUGACUAAACAGUUUUAACUGAAGAGAAUUUGUGACUGAUAUCUUAUGGAUUGUUUUUCUUAAAAAUUACAUUUCAUCUGUGGAACUGUCAUGAUAGAAUGGAUUGCUUAAUGUAAAGGUGGCUUUGCUAUUUGGCUAGCGUGACAUCUGCCUCAAAAAUGACUUUGUUGCUUGAAUGAAAGAUGUGUUGUUGACUUUGCAUUUUGCAAAGGUGUAUAUAGACCUUUCAUGGUAAAGCUGACAGGGUUCUGGGCAGACCAUACAGAGCCAGGGAUUGGGCAUUUACCUGGCAAUAAAUUAUUUCCACAGCCGUUAUGAAAGAACUGAUAAUCUACAAGUAAAUGGGAAAGUCAGUGAAGUCGUUGCAGUUUAAUUGGCAAACACUUAUUUUCUUAAUAAAGUUCACAGUGGCUGCUGUGUGAAUGUGUGGUUUUGACUGUCUAAAACAUCCUGUUCAUGCUCAAUUAGUAUUUUUGAGGGUGCUAAGUGUGCAUAAUGAGAGGUGGGAGCACUGACAACAUAUGGAGAGGAGCCCUUUCUGUAGCAUGGAUGUUCUUCAGACUUGAAGGAUGUCUCUUUAGACUUUUUUAGACACUGUUGCUCUGGAAAUAGCAGUUCAGUGAGAACCGAGUUCCUAAAAAUGUGACAACACAUUCAGGAGAAAUUAAUUGAAACAUAAUUCUUGUGGAAAGUGCAUGCAGGACUUAGAACACUGGCCUUCAAAGUCCUCAGCUGUAUCAAGAUAGACACAGAUUUUAAAAGCACUGAGAGAAAACAGGACUCUGGUUUACAGGCUGCAUUAAUCACUCUGUAAUCCUUGGUUCAGAAAACUUCCACCUGUAAUUUGGUGCUCAAGUUUCCUCACAUUUGCAGAAACUAGUAAUUUGAAGGCAUUAUCUUUCAAACAUAAAUUGCAAGCUUAGGCUGAGAGGGCAAAAGAAAUGUAAAAUCUGCUCUUGAUACUCAUUGUCACCUUUCAGAGUUCUGUGGUCUGCUCAAGCAUUUGAACUCAAAAGAUAAGGAUUACCCAGGUUUUAGUAAUUUAGGUUCUCCUUUUUAGAAAAGCUUCUAUGAAGAGUCUGUUGAACUCAGUUGUUAAAGCAGUGUUUGGCAUGGAUGCAUGCAGAUUUGGUGAUUGUUAAUUCUAAAAAUUGCCAUAUAUCAGCACUACUCUUUUUUCAACAUGUUUCUCUUGUACCAAGAAAACCCCAUAUUUGUAAGCUUUCAUCAUUCUCAAAUGGCCAAAGUUUUGAAUCUCUAGCAGAAUCCAUGUACAUCAAAAUUUUGCCAACAUGUUUCAUUCUAGGUUUAAAUGCUGUUUCUCUAAAAGACAAUUCAACAAAAUAUGAACGAACUGUCUAACAUGAGGUUAGUCUAGGAAUGCUGCCUGAAACCUCAAAAUUAAUCCUUUCUAUUUUAAGAAUGCUCAUGUAUAAUAGGACAAAUCUGGUUUUGUUCCCUUUUUUUGUGCUUGUGAGUAUAAGACACAUUAUGAACUGAGUCCUGUUGUGUGACUUUGUUUAACUGUUGAAAUGAAAUUUCUGCAUCGAGGGGUCAGAAGCACUGUUGGUAUUGUCUUAUGGAGAUGCUCAAAAGAUGUGAGUGGGGGAAAAUUCUGAUGGUCCAGUUAUAGUGUAGUCUUUGUAAACAGAAUUUUUCAUAAAAUUCUCUUGAGGCUGCUGUUGGAUAUAAUAUUACAACCUAUCUUACUCUCAUAAAAACCAAAAACUUUGGAGAAAAGUUGUACCUCUGUGCUUCUUGACAGUUUUAAUUAAUAUAAAUUUCAUAUUCAAAUACAUACUUGAAUUUUAAAAGUUUAGGUUUAAAUAUUCAAUUACAGUAAUGUGCAACUUUGACAUCCCCCUUUACUAUCACUCUUCAGUUAUGGCAUUCAAAAUUUUAAUACCUGAUUUUUAAAUUUUUUUUUUAAGCUGCAGCAGGGGAGACACUUGCAAAAACUUGAAACAGAGUGCUCAAGAGGGGUAAUUUUUACUAGCCUUCUAAUAUAGAAGAAACUUAACAAAGUGGGUUCCAAAAUUCACUUGGAAUGUAAUGUUCAAGGGUUCUUGUGGCUCAGGAAGCUUAAUAGUGUAAUUAUACAGCCAGUGUGAAUGUGAAGGAACUUUUUGAAUGUCCUUGACUGAUCAGAUGCUUGAUGGCAUCCACAUCCGUCUGAGGUGAUGAAAGAUGCACUUAAGUAUUUGUCAUUAUUUACUUGGUUUUUGUAGGGUUUUCUAACCUGAUUGAGUCAAAGUGGUGUGGACUAGCUGGAGGAAUAUGCCUGACUGAAGCAGGCUACAGGAGCCUUGAGAGGAGCAAGUCUGCCAGCACACUUCAGAGAUGGUCCUGCAGCAGAGGAGCUGGGCUGCGGAAGCAGGUUAAUGCACAGUGAUAAUCCAUCUGCCGGAGCGGUCUGUGUCUUACAAAACAGGAUGGGACUCUGACUGGUUGUAGACUUAGGAUUUAGUAUCUGUCUGUAUCAUACAAGUAAAAGGUAAGAGACACAGAGAAAAUAACAACAUCUAUGCAAAUCUAGAUUAAAGACAAGAUGGUAGCUUAUGUAAAGCCUUUUUUUACAUAUUCUUUGAACUAAUAGCAUAAAAGAAAAGGUGCAAAGUCUUAUACUCUAAUAAGAGAAAGACUCACGUGGGUUUAACAUUAACAAAAGGACUUAUAUGAAUUUCAAACAAUACACAAUAAUUCAUUAUAUAAGAUAAGAUUGAAACUUUUUCUAUGUUUGCAAAGCAUAUAUCUAGGACUUUUCACAUCUUGAACUAUCAAUAAGUUAUUGUUCUUCUUGUUGUUUCCUGUACCAACAUACCUGUUUGUACAAGUCACAUGUGCUCUGUUUUCAAGGGAAGGCAGUUUUGUUUGUUUAUUUCAGGAAAAUAUCCCAGUGUAAUUACACUGGUCAGUCUCUAUGCUGAAGGUGAGUCCUGCACUUCCCUUCAAGAGUGGGCUUGCUCCCAGAGUGAAUGUGAUGUUGGGCUUUGGAUAUGACUGUUCUUGGGAAAAGGCAGAGGAGAACAAUGCAGCCUAGGUUUAGAAGCCCAUGAUGCAGCUGAUGGGUGGGAAGAGAGCUGCCCCCUGCGUGCCCAAGGUGCUUGGGCUGCACUCGUAGGACUCAUUCCAGUAUCUGCUCUGACUUUGGAAGGUGUCUGAAGAACUUUAUGUGGUGCCACGGGACUAUGAAACUGACCAUAUGUUAGGUGCUUUACAGAGACAGUAUAGUUUACCAAAGAAGAAUAAAUAAAAUAUAACUUUAAUAUUCUUCUGUUUUAUUCCUGAUUUUAAGCUUGAUUCUAUACCUAUCAUCCUUCAGGAAAAAAAAAAAAUCAAUACUGUUCUUUCAAGUGCACUGUCUAGAAUUGCCACAUUGCCUAUCAUUUUGCUAGUGUGUUUUCAAGCUCCUGUUUUAAAGCUUAGGCUUUAAUGAGGGGUCCUUUUCAACUGAGAUGAAUACAAAUGUGACCAAGUGCUAGUGAAGAAUAUCUUCCAUGUCCCAUUCUAAAAGCUUAUGCAUUUGUUAGGGUUUCACUUGGGACUUGGUGUGGGCUAACAGCAAAUGUGUCGUCGCCCAUUAUGUCAGGAACAUUUGACAGGAACAUGUCAAACACUAGUGUAGGAUAACCUUGCUCUGGAUUAUGAUGAGAGAAAUGUUUGUAGUCAAGGAGGAAAUAAAAAGCUGAUUGGAAGUAAUAAGCUGUUACUGCUUUUCAUGUUUAUAUCAUAAGUGUUAUCAACACAUUUGGGAAGAAUGCCGGGGAGAUUGUUAUUGGAGUUAAAAUGUAUAUAUGUGUAUUAAAUCCUUCAUUUUGUGAAAACUA